AUGGGCGGCGCGCUCUAUCCGGAAAGUUUGAUCAGGGUUCAUACCGACUUCCUCAGUCGCAACAUUCUUGGGAAUACACAUUCGGUCAACAACAGUUCCAAAAUGUCCCUGGAUUAUGCCAAUAAGGCCCGCUCUGCUGUCCUCUCCUUCUUCCAUGCCCCAUCUGGAUACACUGUUGUUUUCACCUCCAACGCAACAGCAGCGUUAAAGUUGGUGGGAGAAUCGUAUCCGUUUGCCAGUGACAGCAGCCUUGUGCUUGGUACCGACUCACACAAUAGCGUUCAUGGCAUUCGGGAGUAUGCGACAUCUAAGGGAGCCCGAGUUUGUUACAUUCCCGCCACUUCUGUUGGAGGAUUCGAAGUUACAACUGCAAAGAACAUUCUUCUGCGAAACCGCCCCGAACCGCGUUACCUCGCCUCUAGUCUUUUUGUGCUAACUGCACAAUCCAACAUUACCAAUAGCAAAAAUCCUCUUGCGAUCGCUGAAUAUGCAUCUCGUCUCGGGUACCAUACUCUUCUGGACGCUGCCGCUCUCGUUCCGACAUCAGUCUUUUCCCUCUCGGAACACCCUGUGGAUGCUGUGGCUGUAUCAUUUUAUAAAAUGUUCGGCUUUCCGACCGGUGUCGGGGCGCUGAUCGUCAGAAGCGCAUUUUUAUCAAAACUCAGAAGGCCCUGGUUUGCGGGUGGAUCCGUUGAUGUGGUACAGGUUCCUGGUAAUAUCGUUACCAGAGCACACGAACCUCACGAACAAUUUGAGGAUGGUACUAUAAACUACCUGACUCUUCCCGCGAUAACGGACGGCUUGCGAUUUCUCUCUGCCUAUCUCCCAUUUCUCCCUCUGCGUCUUUCCUCCCUUCUCCAUUUUCUCAUUUCCUCGCUCUCGCAAGUGUACCAUGACACUACCGGUAAACCUGCUGUUCGCAUCCUCUCACGAAUGCCAACAACACGACUACGUUCGGUCGGUGAGCAAAUGGACACGGGUUCGAUUAUUUCUUUGUUAUUCUUAGGGCCAUGGGGAGAAAUAUUGCCCAAUUCUUUCAUUGAAUACUCGGCUUCAGUGAAGAAGAUCUCGUUACGGACAGGAUGUGUCUGCAAUCCUGGCGGUGCGGCCGCCAUCUUGGGUAUUGAAGAAGACAUGCGGCAACUAUACCCCGGCGUAACCCUGAAGGACUUUGAGCAUAUAGUGGGGCGAGAACUGGGGGUCGUCAGGAUCAGUCUGGGGCUUGUGAGUAAUUUCCAGGACGUUUGGAAGGUGAUACAGUUCGCAAAGUCUAUGGCAUCCGAGAGCUCUCGCCAGGAUCAAUGGGAUGUCUGGCUUGAAUCGGCCUGCCCGGAAAUUAUAGGCCAGGCAAUCUAA